UUCAAUCAGGCUUUAAAUUAGAGAACUCAGGACUUGAGUUGCUCCCGAUGUGAGCCCCAAUGAGCUCCUGAGUUUUCACGUCUCUUUUCAGCGGAUUUUCUCAUUCAAAGCGAGAAGGCCAGUGUGUAGAGAUGCUUCAGCAGACAAGCCUGAUGAUGCUGUCACUCAUUCAUACGGGACAAUUUACUUCUUAAAAAAUAACCCUAAAGUUCGACAACUACGAAAGAGUUUUCACUGGAUUUUCUUUUCCGUCUAAAUUAUAAUAUUUUGGUCUUCUGAGAUCCGCCUUCCCCCGGACAGUUCGUCUCCACUGCGCCGCCAUGUGUGCGCUGUUGCCGGCGUGGCUGUGCCUGCUGCUCGGCCUCCUGCCGCUGGAGAUCCAGUCCCGGGCUUUGACUCUGCAGAACCUCACUCACAGUCACAGACAUAGGUUGAGUUUACCCAGAACCGCUAAAUACCCAAAGUCUUCUAACACCGCCAUCAUGCCUACUGUGUCUGAUCUCUCUGUUGCUGUUGACAACCACAUCACAGAGGGAGACAGACAUAUCAUCUGGAGGGCCCUGCUGCACAAAGAGCCCCCACCGAGGUUGGCUGACCCGUUGCCUGACCAGAGAGACAGUGUGCUAUGGGAAGCGCCGGUGUGGCAGCGUGGGUCACGGGGUCGUCGUCAUGCCAACAGUGGCGGUGGAAGGGGUCACAGCCAUCUGAUGAGGGUGGGGUGUGUCCUUGGCACCUGUCAAGUUCAGAACCUCAGCCACCGUCUCUACCAGCUGAUUGGACAAAGCGGGAGGGAAGACUCCUCCCCCAUUAACCCUCACAGUCCUCACAGCUACGGCUAACACCACACCUGGAGGUUACCGCUAAGUUAGCCAGGUCCUUUGUUGCAUUAGUGACACAAUUAGGGCCCAUAAUAAGCCUUUGAUGUCAGUCUUUGCAACCAUGUCUCAUAGAAAUUACCUCUGCAUAAUCCUACUAAAUUGUUUUUCUAAUAUAUAUAUAAAUUGUUGUGAUGAAAAACGUAAUCUGUGCAGCAGUGUUUUUCUCCCAAAACAUAUUUGCUGUUCAAAAUUAGGAAUACAUGCAGGUCAUUUCAAGGAGACAGGGUUAGUCCUUGAUGUAUCAUCUAAACUCAGCUGCUUAGUAGCAAAAAUGGCCAUUAUGGUUUAUUCAUAUCAUUUAUGGUCUUAUUUUUGUAGUUUUGACCAUCACUCUCAUCGGUACUAAUAACAUUGCACCAAUCAAAUACACUGCUGAGAUCUGGGAAUGUGGCAACAUUACUAAAAAGAAGUCGCCACAGUUUAUAGGCCAACUUCCUGGUUCAAUAUUUUUUUAUUAUCACCACCAUUUCAGGUGUGCUCACUUUUGGGUUUACGAGCAAAUAAAGUAGUUUAGAGAAUCUGGCUAUAUUUUUUGUUCGUUUGAUUAUUUGACUGAGAAAGAACAUUGAGUUUCUUGCCCCAUUAGACUCAGAUGUAGUGAUGUUACCAUGUUCCCAGAUCUAAGCAUUUAUUCUGGUGAGUACGAUGUUGUUAUAAGCCAGCGCAGACGGGAGAUUUCCAGCGUUAUCGGCCAUUACCGCCAGUUUACUGCAGUGAAGCUAGAGUCCUAGGUGUUUUGGCAUGUAGGCUAUACAAAAACAACCAUGUAGAGCAGUGGUGUCAAACUAAUUUUAGUUCAUGAGCCACAUAACCCUAAUUUGAUCUAAGUGGGCCAGACCAGUAAACCACUCCAGAAAGAUCAGAAACUUUUUUGCCACAGUUUCUUGUCAGCUUGAUGAUGGCAAAUGCAAGUUGCUUCUGCUACAACAGCGUUCUAAGGCCAUUGUAGGAAAAAAUAAUUUUGUGGACCCAGGAGAGAGGGGUAAUAUUCAGAGAAAAAAACUCAGAAUUUCUAAGAUUAAAGUCGUAAAUUUACGGAAAAAGAACUCAGAUAUUCUCUGAGAUUAAAGUGGUACAUUUGGAAUUGGAAUUAAUUACUUCUCUGCGAUUUUCACACUUUGCAAAGUCAUACAGUCGGCCUGAUUGGACCCUUUGGCAGGCCGGUUCUGGCCCACGGGCGGUAUGUUUGACACCCCUGAUGUAGACACUAUCUAUGUGCAAAACUGUGAAUGAGAGAAGCCUCUUUCAAACUGGCCUUACUGACUAAUGUCUACUAUCGUCAUCAGUGGUGAUCCUGCUGAUCUUAAUUUACUUGAGCUCAGAGCUAAUCCACCUUGUCUCUCAAAAGCACCUUCAUGUCCUCAGCAAACAAGUAGCUUUACUUCAGUGAGAACAGAAACCAAGAAUAACCUCGAAUCAGACCUCGUUAACCCUUCACCCAAAAACCCAAAUAGCCAAAAUAACCACAAACCCUAAUCUAUGAUCUGUUGUGACGCUUCUUGACAAAUAGCUUGUGUCUUAACAAGGAUAACUAUACUGUAGUGUGUUUUUAACUGUAAACUGUAAAUCAACGAUGCAUAAUUUUGAUUUUUGUCACUAUAAAGUCUGUUUUUGAGCCUUAACUGCUUUAAUUUUUUGUAAAGGCCUUGUAAUGUUUCGCCUUUCACUUUCACCAAAUUAAGCAUCACUGUGAAUGUUGACUAUCAAAGUGUUAUUUAAAGCUUUAUAGUCUUCUGUUUUUCUAUGUGUGUCAGCAUAACAGUGUCAGUAGUUCCAUUUUAGAAAAAAGCAUGAGAGCACUUUAUUCAUCUUUACAUUCAGUAUGACUUGUGUAAAAAUGUGUUAUUUAACUUAAACUCAAUGAGACCGUUUUGCUGUAAAUAUCCCACUUCACCAAAUCUAAAUGUUCAAGUGUCCUUUUGUAAACCAUCUGUGUUGGUUCCAGCUAAUACUUUGUUUUUACAAUAGCAUCAAUGUGUAAUAAAACUCCAGUCAAACCUGCACGUGUA